AUGGAUCUCGACUCAUCUCUCAACAACCUCCCAAGCUCAGCAGGAUUUAUUGAUCAGCUCAUAUCCGAGCUGUCCAGCUUCCAACCAGAGCUACCCACUGCUGAACUAGACCCGCCGAGGACACAAACCGCACACCAACCGAAGCAGCCACAAAACGCACUAUCAAGGCUCUCGGCACAUCAACUCGCCAAAGUAAAGCCUCUUCUACUCACAUUACACUGUCUCUUCCCCAACGAUCUCCUUCCAGCCCUGGACAUUCUAGAUCGGAGGCUCGUGCAGCGGAUUGUGAUGCGCGGGGACAAAAUCCAUGCCGUGCCAUCGGCACCUACCCAGGACCAAACGGCGUCCCCGGGGAACGAAGAGAUACGACACGAUGCAACCAACACGAUCUAUCCAAAUAUGCUGGAUGAAACAAGCGACGAUACCCUUGACGAAGAUCCGUUCCUAUUCUUAGUGACAUCCGCCUCGUCGGCCCCUGUACACCCCAUCGUCGCCACGGGAGCACCAUCAUUAUCAACAUCAUCAACUACACACGCCACAUACCAACCACAAAAAGUCUACGAAGUCCGCCUCGAUGCCUGGAAUUGCACAUGCCCCACCUUUACGCUCUCCGCGUUCCGCGACCUAGACUCCCGCCUGUCCUCAAUUUCCAACCCCAACGCUCCUGCAGAGCUCCCAUCCGAGUCUGCAAUGCUGCGUGACCGGGACGAUGGAUCUGCAGUCUACCCUUUUGGUGGGACCUUGACUUGUACCACGGACCGGGCUUCGUCGCCAGUAUGCAAGCAUAUUCUCGCCUGCGUGUUAUUUGCGCGGUGUCCCGGGCUGUUCUCGGGUAGAGGGGAUGCAGGUCGCGGCGUUUCCAUGGAGGAAAUGGCUGGCUGGUGUGCGGGAUGGGGUGGUUGA